AUGUUAAUCCAGUGCCUUACUUCUCCUGAAGGUUCCUGCGAAAAACACGCUGUAAAUGUCCCCUGCUCGGACCGGGUGUGGAUCGGACCUUCAGUGCUCAAUGGAGAUCUCUCCUCCCUUACUGAUCUGUCGAUCAAGUUGCUGGACUCUGGCGCCGACUACCUCCACUUAGAUGUCAUGGAUGGUCAUUUUGUGCCCAACAUCACUUUCGGCCACCCGGUUGUUUCUUGCCUAAAACCGAAACUCCCACAGGCCACCUUCCUCGAUCUGCACAUGAUGGUUGCCGAACCGGAAAAAUGGAUUGAGGGGAUGAGGGCGGCCGGCGCUACCCAGUACACUUUUCAUUUGGAAGCAGCAUCCGACGUGAAAACAUGCAUUCGUCACAUCCGCGAGGCCGAUAUGAAGGUUGGCCUUGGCAUCAAACCAAAAACCAAAGUGGAGGAGGUCUUUCCUUACGUAGACCUUGUUGAUAUGAUUCUCGUUAUGACAGUUGAGCCGGGCUUUGGAGGUCAGUCAUUUAUGCAAGACAUGUUGCCAAAGGCAAGUGUUCAUUUUCCUCUGUCAAUUCCUUUUCCUUUUCACCGAUAUUUCACAAUUGCGGUACGCAACCUGCGUGAAAGGUAUAAAAAUCUCAACAUUGAAGUCGACGGCGGCGUCGGACCGAAAAAUAUCCGCGAAUGUCUCAAUAACGGAGCAAAUAUGAUCGUCUCGGGAAGUGCCAUUACAAAUGCCGAAGAUCCCGCCGCCGUUAUUCAAGCGAUGAGAUCAACUGUGGUUAACGCGGUUCUCUAG